AGGGGUUCUGGGUAUCGCGAAAGGCUUGAGGAUGGGGCCGCUUGGGGGAGGGGGAUGAGGCAGCCCGGCGGGGGCAAAUGGGGGUCCCAGCCGGGCUGGGCCCCUGGGCCCCAGGUCUGUACAAUACGGUUUGCUAUAAAACUCAAAAUCUUCCAGCCAGGGCCGCCGCGUUCUUGUGUGUCUCUUCGGCGUUGGGUUGGGGGAAGAGCUGGGACAGUCGGCGUGCUCAUCCUUGGGGCCUCCCGGAGAAGGGGGCUGUUUGGAUGGAUCCGGGGGUCCUUAGGACCUCCCAGGCUUUUCGGAACUGACGACGCCGGACCCCCUGCGGUCCCCACAGGUGGAUGGGUUCACCUUCCCCCAGCUUACUACUUACGGGGAGGGGUUUGGAGAUCUGGGCAUCUAGGGGGUGUCCAAGUGUGCCGAAUUGUCCAGGGCUCGGGAACUCCCAGUCCCAGGCUGGGGCUCGGGCGCCUGGGUGAUAGGUACCCUGGGGUCGCGAGGUCCCUCGGGCUCUCUGCCGACAGGCUCCCCCCACCCGGCUCCACCCCAUCAUGUGGCCGCUCCGGCUCCGCCUCCGCCCCAGUUCCGGUUUCGGCCUCUGCUAGCUUGCUCCGGCCCCUAGGGCUCCCGGCAGACGUCCGCCUGUCCCGCUCCACCCGGGCUCCUCUUCCUGGGCGCCCGCCGCCGGCAUCCCCGCUCGCCCCGCCGGGGGAUGGGGCCUUCCGCCGGCCUGGACCCGCCCUCGUGGGGCCCUCGGGGCGACUCGGGCCCCCCGUAACCGUUCCCCGCCGGCCCAGUGCUGCGGCCCCCAGGAUGAAGGGCGGCGAGGGGGACGCGGGAGAACAGGCCCCUCUGAACCCGGAGGCCGAGAGCCCCGCGGGCUCGGCCACGUACCGAGAGUUCGUGCACCGCGGCUACCUGGACCUCAUGGGGGCCAGUCAGCACUCGCUGCGGGCGCUCAGCUGGCGCCGCCUCUACCUCAGCCGGGCCAAGCUCAAAGCCUCCAGCCGCACGUCUGCCCUGCUCUCGGGCUUCGCCAUGGUGGCCAUGGUGGAGGUACAGCUGGAGAGCGACCACGAGUACCCGCCGGGCCUGCUGGUGGCCUUCAGUGCCUGCACGACCGUGCUAGUAGCUGUGCACCUCUUUGCACUCAUGGUCUCCACGUGUCUGCUGCCCCACAUAGAAGCCGUUAGCAACAUCCACAACCUCAACUCUGUCCACCAGUCGCCACACCAGCGACUCCACCGCUACGUGGAGCUGGCCUGGGGCUUCUCCACUGCCUUGGGCACCUUCCUCUUCCUCGCUGAAGUUGUCCUGGUGGGCUGGGUCAAGUUUAUGCCCAUUGGGACGCCCUUGGGCACACCAGCCCCUGUGGUACCUGCCUCCCAGGUGCCUGGGACUCUCUUACCGCUGACCACCUCCCUUAGUCCAGCUUCCAAGCCGUCCUCUCCUUCCAUAACUCCGUCACAGACUGAGCCAUCCGAGGCCUGCCCACCUCGGCAGGCGUGUGUGGCCGGAGGGGCCCGCGGACCAGGCUGGCAAGCAGCCAUGGCCUCCACGGCAAUCAUGGUACCGGUGGGGCUUGUGUUUGUGGCCUUUGCCCUGCAUUUCUACCGCUCCUUGGUGGCUCACAAGACCGACCGCCACAAGCAGGAGCUGGAGGAGCUGAGUCGCCUGCAGGGGGAGCUGCAGGCCGUGUGAGGCUGAUGGUAGCCACCGAUGCAAACACUGCCUCCCUCCGGUCUGCGAGAGGACCCAGGUCCACAGACCGCAUGCCCUGCCCCUGCCUGGAGCCACUUCUUGUGGCCACUCUCAGGUAGAGACCAGAUUCCUGCCUUCAGGGUCCUUUGGGCUGGGCCUUGGGGCAGCUUCCACAUUCCCAGGGAUUCUCCCUGUUAAUCUGUCCCGGUUUGUCUACUCUACAUCCGGGCUGGGAGGAGCAAGGGGGGAAGUAGAAGGUCUCCAGUCCAAGGAUCAUGGUAGGUAGAGGGGAGGCAGGGAGACCCUAGUCAGACCUUUGGUGCUGACCCAUAGCCACUUACCCUUGUACAGGGUGUGGAGGUCAGUAGGUUACACAGCCACCCAGCUGCCUCAGAAGGCAGUCAACCGUUGCUUUAUUUUUGUAGUAUCUACUUUAUGGUUGGCAUUUGGGGGAAGCUUCUCCCCAUCUCCAGAUUUUGAUGGGUUCCACAUUCUUGCUUUAGUUGCUGUAGAGAAGGAUUUGGGUGGUUCUACCACAGACGUAGGUCCAGCCUUUCCUAGGAGGAGCCUCCCUAUUUUUGGAGGUUCAAGUGCCUGCCCCACUGCCCUAGACCCACACUUAAGCUUCUAUGUCUGGUUCUCACUCUCCUGGACCAGGGCUGGAGAUCUUUGGAGACUAAGGGCCUGUGUGCCCAACCUGACUCCCGAGCAAGGGUUGUGGGGGUGAGAAGGUUUUAAGGGAGAAGUUCCAGUCGCUAGCCCUUGGAAUACAGAGCUGUUCUGACACUGAGUUUUUGAUGCACCUUGUUUUGUAUAAUAAAAUGUGUUUCACAGA